AUGCCUCCACAAAUCAACCAUCCAACGACAAUUUUAUCGAUCACACGGAUCGCCAUCGUACGGUUGGGAGUCGAACAAUCCAACGAAAACAAAAACAAAAUAUCUGGAAGAGGAAAAGGAGGCAAGGGUUUGGGAAAGGGAGGAGCAAAACGUCAUCGGAAAGUUCUCCGUGACAACAUCCAGGGAAUCACAAAGCCGGCGAUUCGCCGUCUUGCGAGGCGUGGUGGCGUUAAGCGCAUAAGCGGUCUUAUCUAUGAAGAGACACGUGGUGUGUUGAAGAUCUUCCUCGAGAACGUUAUUCGUGACGCUGUUACUUACACCGAGCAUGCUCGCCGGAAAACCGUUACUGCGAUGGACGUUGUCUAUGCAUUGAAACGUCAGGGUCGUACACUGUAUGGAUUCGGUGGUUGA